GCCCGCCAUAACUUCACUGUACACAUACCAGCAGGACUCUGCGCUGACGGCUGCUCUCACCUGAUGAACACAACGCCGGAGGAGACUGAUCAUGACUCAGCAGGAGCAGCAGGAGUUCACGGAGAGCCUGGAAGCAGCCCUCUCCUGGAUGCGGGCCAUCCAGGAGAGGCUGAAGGCGAAUGAUAACACCCAGGGGCCCCGGGAUGCUCUGGAGGCCAGGCUCAGGGAGACGGAGAAAAUCCAUCAGUCUGAGCAUGAAGGUCGGGUGAAGAUGGACAUGGCUCUGGUGGCAGCAGACAACCUGCUGCAGAGCGGAGAUGAAGAGCUGAAGAACCACACACACACUGAACUCAAAAAGCUGAAGACCCUGUGGGAGGAGACCUGCACCUACAUCGUCCACUGCCACAGUCGGAUAGAGUGGGUGUGGCUUCACUGGAGCGAGUACCUGAAGGCCUACGAGGAAUUCGAGCUGUGGCUGACAAGGCAGCAGCGUAGCCUGGACGUCGCUGUUGAACUGCAGCUGGGCCUGAAGGAGAAGCUGUGGCAGGUGGAUCAGCAGAGAGUGAUGGUGAGCGACAUCCAGGGCCAGGCAACGCUGCUGGAGAGGCUGCUGGAUGAAGCUGCUGCACUGCACAACAGAACCCAGGACCCCAGUGUAGAGCCUCAAGCCCAGGAGACACUGCAGGAGGCCUACAAUGACAUCAGAGACAGGGCCGAGGAGCGUCUGACGCUGCUUCAGAAGAUGGCUGAGGAACACCAGACGUACCAAGGAUGCGUUCAGAGGUUCCAGUCCUGGCUGCUGUCAAAAACCAAGGAGCUGAUGGAUCUGAUGGACAGGGAGGAUACAGCGGAGAACAAGCUCAAAGCCUUACAAGUUCUGGAUGACAGCGUAGCCAGCGAGGAGAAAACCCUGCAGCACAUCGAGGGUUUGUCAGAAGCUGUGAGGGCUAACACCUCUCCUGCAGGGGCGGAGGUGGUGGUGGAGGAGGCUGAGGAGCUGAGACUGGGCUGGCAGAGACUAAGGCAGGGCCUGUGUGAGGCAGAGGAAGGCCUGCGCUCCAACCUGGACUCACACAGUCAGUACAUGACCCGCUGCCAGAGGCUGGGAGACGACAUCGGACGAAUCAGGAUGAUGCUGCAGGGGCUGGACCAUGAACUGGUGGGGGGUCAUGAGGGUGGAGACCAGGCUGAGCGCACUGAGGACCAGAUAGUUGGCCAGUGGAGGAAAUACACAGGUGUGAGGAAUACUCUGGCAGGGGAGGAGUCCCAAGUGGAGCACCUGAAAGCUCAACUCAAGGAGCUCUUCAGGUUCCCGCAGGAUUCACACCACUUGUCUGACGAUGUCCUGGCUGUUGUCAAAGAACAUCAGAGUGUGAAAUGCAGAGCGACCAGACUGUGUUCAGAGUCAGAGUCCGGCCUGAGAAACAUCCUCCAGGACCCGCUGCUGGUCUAUGCUCAGUGGAGUCACAUGGUCUCUCAGGUUUUAGAGGCUUCUGCUGACGUCACCGACUUCUCCCACAUCGCCAUGAUGGUCCAGAACAUCGAGCGUCUGCUGAAGGACAGCGUCCAUCUGCAGGAGCGUUUCAGUCUGCUGCAGGUGAAGGGAGACCUGCUGGAAUCUGUGUUUGGUCCUGAGAGAUCUGAUGGUCUGCAGGGUGAGCUCAGUGCUGCCAUGAGGAACAGAGAGCUGCUGCACAGUCAGCUGCUGCAGAGGAAGAGCAGACUGCAGGGGUUAAUCUCAAGAACCAAGGACUUUGGUGACGCUUACAGGUCCAUUCACUCUAAGCUGGCCAGUCUCAGAGACAGACUGGUGGCAGCUGAUGGUCGUCAGCCUGACAUCCUGGCCAAGAAAAGCCAAUCAGACCAGUUCAGGGUUAUCCAUAAGGACCUGGAGGACAGUGAGGCUCACAUCCUGGCUCUGGAGACUCUGGUGUCCAACAGUCAGAACAACAGGACUCAGUUUGAGAAGCUCUAUGCUGACUGGAAAUGUCUUCACAAGGCAGUCAGGGUGAAGAUGCUUGAAAGUGAGGACGGCAUCGCAGAGCACGAAAGCUUCCAUGACAGCCUGCUGAACGUAGAGAAAUGGCUCAUGAUCAUGAAGCAGAAGCUGGAGUCCUUCUACAGCCCUGCAGGAGGAUGGAGCAUAGAGGGCCGCAGGCAUGAAGCUCAGAGAGCACUGGGAGAGUUUCCAGAGAAGGAGCUUCAGCUGCAACAGAUGGAUGUCCAGGGUCAGGAGGUUCUGAAGAGGACUUCAGAAGAAGGAAGAGUCCACAUUAUCAGAGACAUGCAGCGUCUUCAAGAGUCCUGGUUGGCCUUGUACAACAUGAGUCUCAAUCUGCACAGGCUGCUGAAUAGCUCUACAGAGCAGCCAGAGCUCAGUGUCGGGGGGGCAGACAGUCAGAGCAGAGCAGGAGGCUCUAAGAUCCAGAGAGGCCAAGAAAGAUCAGGCAGGGAAGGAAGCCUGGGGGGAGACACAGGGGAGGGGGGUGAGUGGAUCCAGGCACAGGCUGAGGAACAUGAAGAAGAACACCUCAACAUGUCAAGAACAAACAGGGACAGUGAGCGCCCCCCUGCAGGAGUGGAAGAAGACACCUCUGCAUGGAGCGCUCACAACAGAGCAGUCCAGAGAGUUUCCACCACUGACGGAAGUCCUCACAGCGACAAGUCAACAGGGAGCGACAGCAGCGUGUCGGCCACAGCCAGAGGGCAUAAACCAGCAAGCACACAGGUGAUCUAUGGUGACGGGGGCGCAGUGAGCUCUGGAGAAGGCAGCGUGGAGGCAGGAGAGAGCCUGAGCCAGGGAGGAGGAGCGUUUGUGCUGUUCAGAAGAGAUCCAGCCAGGCAGCCAGCCACUGCACCAAGUCAAGACACAAGGGGAAGCACGGGGCAGUAUGAGUCCAGGAGGAGGGAGUUUGAGGCCUGGCUGUGCAGAGAGAAUGAACUCCUCACAGAGAUCCUCAGGUCCAAUGGAGCCACACUCAGUGACACAGAAGUCAGGAUGCGACAGAAGAAGCUCAAUGGUCUGAAGGCUGGAGUGAACUGGGGUCAGGAGCAGUUCCAGCUUCUGCUCCAGGAGGUUCAGGGUAGUGAGGUUGCUUCUGGACCAGCAGAGGAUGUGGGUCUGGAGGAACUUCGUUACCGCUGGAUGCUCUAUAAAUCCAAGCUGAAGGAUGUAGGAGACAUCAGAGUCAGGGCCAGUGCCAAGAGAGUCCAAGCCAAAGAGGAUGAGCCAGCAGCUGUCACAGCAAAGGUGCAAAAGAAGCCUGGGUUGCUGCAUCGGGUGUGUCGGCUGGCUCUUCCUCUGUGGCUGCUCCUGCUGGCUCUGCUGCUGCUGGCCUUCCUGCUGCCCCUCAUGGAUGAAGGUAGCAGCUGCUCCCUCUCAAACAACUUCGCCCGAUCUUUCAAUAUUAUGCUCCGCUACGACGGACCACCACCCACAUAGGAAACCUCUCUUUGGACGGCACCAGAUACAGUAACAUAUGAUCUCACUCCCUACGUGCUAUGUAUAUAAUAGGAAUGGCUUAUGGUCCAUUAUAAGAAAUGUUACCUGGACUUCAUAAGGUGUCACAUUCCCCUGCCCCUGGAUCAUCAUGUGUGACUAUAGCACAUGAAAAGUUCAAUCUUAAGGCUGUGCA